CCGUUGAAGAACCCUUUCGUUUCGAUUGUUUGACAGAACACAAAACACAAGUAUUCCCCUGAAUUGAAUGCAAUGAGUAAUUUCCCUGCCUCGAGGAGAAUUCACUUCGAUCUGCCCAUUAAUUCGUGCAUUAAUCCCCCAGUGCAGGAUCCCCCAGCGAACGAGAGCACCAUUUGAGGUUUGAAGGUUAAAACUCGUGAAGAAAUGUCAAACCCCGAGCCGAGAAACAAUUUUUUCAACGCGGUGAGACAGUUGGCAGAGAGUGAGAUACACCUGAUAAAAGUUAUUGAGAAUUCGAGGAAAGAGAUUCAUGAGACGAUGUCGACCAAGCAGGGCCUCAGGAGCAACGAGGGGAAGAGGUCAUCCAGAUUGGCUAAAGUGAGGCCAUCGCAGGCGAUAAUAGUAGCAAAACGCGAAGCAGCGCAAAAGAGAAAAACCCAAAAAAACUCAGACAGUUGUUACGUCCGUGACAUCUACCAAACAGCGAUCGACUCCAAGAACAUGAUUCGAGGGCCAACAGGUGUGGUUUACGAUCGCUCGAUGGCAGAGCAUCGAUGCCUGUGGGACGACAAAUACCCGGAGUGUCCGGAGAGGUUCACGAGGGUCCUGGAGAGGUGUCAGGAGCUCGGGCUCAUCGAGAGGUGCAAGUUCAUCGAGCCUAGACUAGCGAGAAUCGAUGAGGUUCUUCUGAAGCACUCAAUGGAGCAGAUCGACAUUCUCAAGGGCACCGAGGGCUGCCAGGAUGCUGAACGACUGGAGAACAUCUCCUCGAAAUACGAUGCUAUUUACAUACAUCCGUCGACGUACAAGCUAUCUCUCCUCGCCGCUGGCUCCACAAUAAACCUGUUCGAGAGUAUCUGUCGAGGCGAAGUUCAGAAUGGAAUGGCAAUCAUCAGGCCGCCAGGCCACCACGCGAUGAAAUCCGAGUACUGCGGCUACUGUUUCUUCAAUAAUGUCGCCAUCGCCUCGGAGAAGAUCCUGGCAGAGGGCCUGGCUAAGAGGAUUCUGAUCGUCGACUGGGACGUUCACCAUGGCCAGGCAACCCAGCAGAUGUUCUACGACGACCCGAGGGUCGUGUACUUCUCCAUCCAUCGAUAUGAGAAUGGGUCCUUCUGGCCCAACCUGAGGGAGUCCGAUUAUCAUUACGUCGGGGCAGGCGCUGGGGUCGGACACAAUUUCAAUGUACCUUUGAAUAAAACCGGAAUGACGAAUGGUGAUUAUCUGGCGAUAUUUCAGCAAGUGCUGCUGCCAAUGGCGUAUGAGUAUCAGCCGGAUCUCGUGGUUAUCUCAGCUGGCUACGACGCAGCCUUCGGUUGCCCUGAGGGUGAGAUGGAGAUUACCCCAGCAUUUUAUGCCCACCUGUUGUCACCAUUGUUGGGCCUAGCAAAUGGUAAAGUUGCAGUUAUUCUCGAGGGUGGCUACUGUCUCGAGUCCCUCUCAGAGUCAGCAGCCCUGACCUUACGAACCCUCCUGGGAGACCCCUGCCCCGUGAUAUCGACCCUAGCCCCCCCAUCCCCGACCAUAACCGAAACAAUUCUCAACGUCAUCUACACUCACAAGCCCUAUUGGGGCUGCUACCAGUACCAAGACACCUACAGCGUCAACUCAGGAUCAGGGAGUGACGAUAUCGUCAAGCACCUGCCCAAGGUCGUCUACGAGGGGGACGAGACGAAGCCGGAGUUCUAUCAGACUCGAGACUGUUACCCAGUGCAGAGUGAAACUCAAUUGAAUGAAAUUCAUAACAGACUCGUCUUGCUGAAGCAGAUGACGAGUCUGAGUCGAGCUCCGCACAGGGUCUGCCUGGUUUAUGAUGACAGGAUGCUGAGGCACUUCAACUAUGCUGAGGACAGCCAUCCGGAGACACCCAAGAGGAUUUCUGAGAUAUUCUCGAUGCAUGAGGAGUACGGGCUGAUCGAGAGAUGUCAUGUUUUAGAAGGAAGAGCAGCUACAGAGGAGGAGCUCUCCCUGGUCCACACCAAAGAGCACAUUGGUAAAAUGCAGCAGACAGCUGAAUCAAAGCCCUCAGAGCUGACGAAACAGUCUCGUGACCUCGACUCUGUGUUCCUCCACAAGGAAACGUGGACGAGUGCUAGCAUAGCAGCAGGCUCCCUCCUGAGAGUAGUGGACAGUGUUCUGAAUGGGGAGAGCCAGUCUGGAGUGGCGGUGGUGCGACCCCCGGGUCAUCACGCUGGCGAGGAGGAGGCCUGUGGCUUCUGCAUCUUCAAUAAUAUUUCGGUUGCUGCUAGAUAUGCAACCGAGUUCCACGGGUUGAAACGAGUCUUGAUAGUCGACUGGGACGUUCAUCACGGGAAUGGAACGCAGUCCAUUCUCGAGGAAGAUCCGAAGAUUCUGUACAUGUCUGUUCAUCGUUACGAUAAUGGGGCUUUUUUUCCUGCUUCGAAGGAUGCUAAUUACGACGUCGUGGGGACUGGAAGAGGUAAAGGCUUCAACGUCAACAUCCCCUGGAACCGUCGCAAGAUGGGCGAUCCCGAGUACGUGGCAGCCUUCCAGCAGAUAAUCCUCCCAAUCGCCUACCAGUUCAACCCAGAGCUCGUCCUCAUCUCCGCAGGCUUCGACGCCUGCGUGGGGGACCCCCUGGGCCACUACACAGUCUCCCCAGAGGCCUACGGUCUCUUCACCCACUGGCUCUCACCCCUCGCCAACGGCCGAUUGAUCCUCGCCCUCGAGGGUGGCUACAACGUCAACUCCAUCUCCCACGCCAUGACGAUGUGCACGAAGGCCCUCCUCAACGAUCCCCUGCCUCCACUGCGUCCCCUCACCGCCCCCUGUUCAAGUGCAAUUACUAGUAUUAAGAAUGUCCUCAAGACCCAGAAGACUUUCUGGCCGAAUUUAGUCUUCCAAGCAGCCUUGCCUAGGGAGAAUGUCCUCCCUGAGGCCUCAGCCCCUGGGGAUGAGACACCAGGAUCUGAGCAGAAAAUAGCGGACGAACAAUUCAAGACUGAAAAAGGGGGCAAAAUCGACGAUCUCGCGGCGAAAGUCGAGCGGAUGACCCUGAGAAAUCCGACGAAUUGCGUCAGGGAGUGUGUGAAUCCGGGGGAAAAGCCCAGGGAAAGCUCAGGCGCUGGGGGAAGUGGGGCUAGUGGAUCUGGUGGAUCUAGUGGAGGUCGAGGGGCUGCAGCUGCCGGUCAAACCCUCCAGGAGUUCCUCUCGGAGAAUUUUCAGGCGCUCAACGAGGGCGAAAUGUUUGCAGUUGUUCCUCUGAACGACUGCCCUCAUCUGGAGCUCGUCCAGGAGGUGCCUCCCAGUGGAAUCGACGUCAGGAGUCCCUGUCUGGAGUGCAAGAGCACAGAGGAGAACUGGGUCUGCCUGAUUUGCUACUCGACGCAUUGUGCUAGGAGUGUCAAUCAGCAUGCUGUUGUCCAUGGUGAGAGUCUCGAGCAUCCAAUCGCCCUGAGCCUCACGGAUCUGUCGGUCUGGUGCUACGGGUGCGAGGCUUAUGUCGACAAUCCGAAGGUCUAUACGGCGAGGAAUAGAGUUCAUCUCGCCAAGUUCGGGGAGGAGCUGCCUUGGACGUACAAUGAGUUUACGUUGAAUUGACGAUUAUGAAUUUGUUGUCUAUGUUUUUAUUUAUUUGGAGGCUUGGGGUGGGGGAAUUCUCCAGUGUUCGAGGGAGGGAAAAGUUUAAUGAAAAAACCUUGCGUUUUCUGCAAGAAAUUCAGUGGCGAAGUGGUAAAACGGUUUAAGUCGAUUUAUCUCUUAGUUGUUUUUGAAGAAUAUCUCCGA